AUGGUUCUCAAAUUGUACGGUCCUUAUUAUUCUACUUGCGUUCAACGUGUCGUUGCAACUCUCAAGGAGAAGAAUCUUGAUUUUGAAUUGGUUCCUCUUGACUUGUUCAAAGGUGAACACAAGCAAGCAUCCUUCCUUGAGAAGCAACCAUUUGGAGUGGUUCCAGUGCUUGAAGAUGAUGGUUUCUUGGUCUAUGAAUCUCGUGCUAUUUGUAGAUACUUGGAAGCUAAAUUCAAAGGACGUGGAACUGAAUUGAUUCCAUGCGGCACAUGUACCGAAGGUUUGAAGAAGCAAGUCCUCUUUGAACAAGGUGCAAGUAUUGAAACUUCCUAUUUCGAUCCUCAAGCAAGUGGAUUGACCUUCGAGUUGGUGUUCAAGAAUUUGUUCAAAUGGGGUGAAGUGGAUCAUGCUCGUGUCAAACAACUCAAAGAGAAGCUCGCUUCCGUAUUGGAUGUCUAUGAAAAGAUUUUGUCCAAACAAGCAUUCAUUGGAGGAAAUGAAUUUUCAUUGGCUGAUUUGAAUCAUUUACCUUAUGGAAAUUUCUUAUUCCAUCCCAAUAUUAAUGUUGGAAAUUUGAUUCUCGAACGUCCUCAUGUGAAGGCAUGGUGGGAGAAGAUUAGCAAGAGAGAUUCAUGGGUUCAGACCAUGAAAUUGGCUGGUAAUUAA